AUGAAUACCGAAGAAAUAAUUAAAAAUAAUAAUUUAGAUGCUUUGUUUUUCUUUUCCCCCGAAAAUCGUUUUUGGUUAACUGACUUUCAAUCCAGUUUAGGUUUUUUAUUCAUUAUUGGGAAAGAAAAAUAUCUUUUGGUGGAUGGUCGUUAUAUUACUGACGCUCAAAAGAAACUCAACCAUAAGCAGGUAGAAAUUAGGCUAUGGAAAAUAGGAAUAGAGACCAAUAAAAUAAGAAUGGUUAAAACCAAAAAGGAAAUCACCCGAAUGAGUCAAGCCGCUCAAAUUACCGACCGAGUUUAUCAAAGAGUUUUAAAAUUGGUUAAAAUAGGAAUGAGUGAAAAAGAUUUGGCGAAAUUAAUUCAUAGUUCUUUUGAAGAAAUGGGAGCGGAGGGACUUUCUUUUGAUACUAUUGUGGUUUCGGGCAAAAAUGGUGCUUUGCCUCACGGUCAGCCGAGCGAUAAAAUUAUUAAAGAGGGAGAAUUAAUUACCGUUGAUUUUGGUUGUAAAUAUCAAGGAUACUGUUCGGAUUUUACCCGCACUUUUGCGGUUGGAAAAGAAAUUAAUCCUAAAUUAAAAGAGAUUUACCAAAUAGUUAAAGAAGCCCAUGAAAUCGACCAAAUUGUUCGGAAUUAUAUUCAACAAAAAGGUUUCGGAGAAUAUUUCAUUCAUUCUACCGGUCAUGGUUUAGGAAUUGAAGUUCAUGAAGCACCUUCCGUUUCUUCACGGGACAAUACCAUACUUCAACCUGGCAUGGUUAUCACUAUUGAACCGGGUAUUUAUAUUCCGGAUUUAGGAGGAGUAAGAAUUGAGGACGACGUUUUGGUUACCAAAACCGGAUAUCAGCAAUAUUAUCAAGUUUUAGGAUUAACCUAUGGGGGAACUUAUACUAAAAAAGAUAUUGAAAAUGCCUAUAAAAGGCAAUCUUUAAGAUACCAUUCUGAUAAGGUUGUACAAUGUGGAAAUAUAAGACCGGGUUCGUUGGCUCAUGGUUGUGCCAAGAGCUUUAAUGAUGAGUAUUGGUUUUGUAGCGAAAAACAUAAAAAAAUGUUUAACGAGGCAGAAGAAAGAAUGAAAGAAAUUAACCAAGCCUACUGCGCUUUAACCGGCAAAGGUUUAACCAAUUUAAAUGUCUCCAAGGAGCAUUCGAUAGAAAAAAAACAGAAUAUUUUUGAUUUUGCUCUGAAAAGUGCCAUGGUUGAUUAUUUACGUGGCACCGGUUAUGCUUUUUGCUCUCCGGCUUGUCAGCAAAAGGCUCAAAAAGGAGGGAAUGGCGGCAAUCAGCCUAAAUGCUUCCAAUGCAAUAGAGAAUUUUGGCAAAAAAAUAAAGAGGGGGGAAUAAAUUCUUUUUAUCCUCCCGAGGCGGAAAAUAAGCGCUUUUGUUCUUCGAAAUCCAUUACUAUCCAAAACGAGACUGAAAAGAAAAAUAUUGAAUCAAUUAAAUUAACCCUUCUAGAAGAUGUUAGAAAAAAAAGAAUAGCCAAAUCAGGGGAAAAAAAUAUUCGCGCUCUUUUAGAGUUAGCCAAGUCUAAACAUGAUUUUGAGGAAUUACUUUUAAUUAUCAAACAACUCGAAGAAUUAAGAGAAACCGAAGGUUAUCAAGCCUGUCAAGCCGAAAUCCAAGCCCAAGAAGAAAGAUUGAAGAAGAUGGACCCUCAAAAAUAUAAUGAGAGAAUUAAUAGUUCAUUUGAAGAGCAAAUUAAAAGUUCUGGUUUAACCGAAGGAGAACUAAGUGCAGAAACCAUAGCCACCAUGGCGGAAGCCAAAAGAACCAAUGAACCGCAAAAAGUCAAACUUGCCAAAGAUUUAAUUGCGGUUGAUGGUAGUCUCAAAUCUCUAAACCAACUGCUUAGCCAAGUUAACCAGGCUCAAACCAAGCCGGAAAAACAGAAAAUCCUAAGCAAAUUGUUAAUUUUUAUUAAAGAAAACAUUUUCAAUGAAAAGGCCUACCAAAAGAAAAGGGAUGAAGUGGAUAGAGUGGUUAAUAAAUUGGCAGAAGAAGUUCGGACUGAACCACCUUCUUCGGAAGAUUUUCCUUAUCUUCCUAUCUGCCUAGGCUUAAUGUUUAUUUUAGUAGUGGGGAUUAGCAUUCUUUUAAUCUGA